UGAACCUACAAGGUCAUACUUCUGAGUUUUGUUCAAACUAGAUAUGGCUGGUGUUAUUCUUGAGACUUUAAACGUUCGGAAGCUUGCUUCCUUUGGAUGUCUUAUGCUGGCUGUACAAAUUUGCUUUUUCCUUAUUGGUGGACUUAUAGCCCCGGCUCCUAACACAACAGACCAGAUAUUAAUGUCCAAGUGUAUUGAUCGUUCCGGUGAUGUAUUAAAGUGGCAUUUCGCCAGACCGGUAUCUAAUGAGAGCUGUCAGGAACUCCUACCAGAUGGUGAUAUUGAGGAAGUCGUUCCAUCUGACGUUGAUGCAAAUUCAAUAGUGUUCAUUGCUCAGUUCCCACACCCAAGAGAUGGGAUGGAUCUGCAUAUGACCAGAUGGUUCCAACAAGUCAUUGGUGUGUUGAUGUUAGAUAUCAAGCAAAAAUAUUCCAAGGAAUUAGAAAAUACUGAGAUAACAUUCGAUUUACGAUUGGGCUAUCGUAAUCAUGAUGAUCCUAAACAUGUUUGGCACGAAUUAGCUCGUUCAGUUGAAGUUCGACCGCUUAAAUGUACUCUUGAUCGUGAAGCCAAGCGACACCAAGGACAUGCUCAUGCACUUGAUGAAGGAUUUUACUACGAUUGUGAAGUUUUACCUUUGUUCACCUUAGCUAGUUGUCAUCAUGAAGAAUAUUUGUUAAACUUGAGAAUCCCUGUCGAUGAGAAGCGGAAAAUCAACGUUGGUGUUGGAAGUAUUCAGGAUGUGUGGAUGGUUGAAAUUCAUCAAAAUGGAGGAUUUACUAAGGUAUGGUUUUCAUUGAAAACAUUUUCAUUCCCAAUUGUAUUACUGGCUUUAAUAUUUUUUGGUCAUCGUGUCAGGGAGUUAGAACGUCCACCAAACAUACUAGAAAAAACUAUAUUUAUCUUGGGAAUUUGUUUAUCUAUCUUGAAUUGUCCAGUUGAAUGGUUAUCACUAAUAUAUAACUUCUCAUUUUGGCUUGUCUUAAGUGAUAUACGUCAAGGUUUAUUUUAUGCUACACUUGUUUGCUUUUGGCUUGUUUUCACUGGUGAGCACAUGAUGCAAGACUCAUCAUCGGGGAAUCGAUCAAAGCCUAAUAGUAAUUGUUAUGGUUUAAAUGGAUUGUAUUGGCCAAGAAUUUUACUUGUGGCCAGUUGUUGUGCUGCUUUAUUUAUUUUUGAAUUAGCUGAACGUGGAGUACAAAUACGUAAUCCAUUUUACAGUAUAUGGUCUCAUCCAAUUGCUGCAAAAAUGGGUUUAACAAGCAUUGUAAUCGGUGCUUUAUGUGCAUUUGCUUACAUGAUUUAUUUAACUAUAUUAGUUGUUAAAGCAUUUAUACAAAUAUUGGGUAAACGUCGUCUGUUAAACAAUCUUCCAGUAGAACAACGUCGAUAUUACAGUGGUAUUAUAUAUCGUUUCAUGGUACUUUUAACUUAUACAAUAAUAUGCGCUGGACUUACUGUUGCAUUCUUUAUUUUUAGUCAGGUUACAGAAGAUCAAUGGAAAUGGGGUGAGAAAAGUGUGGAAUACACAUCAGCUUUUAUAACCGGUGUAUAUGGUAUGUGGAAUGUAUACGUUGUAGCUGUAUUGUGUUUGUAUUCACCAUCACAUAAAUUUCGUAGUGUUACUGGUCAACAAUUAUAUAAUCGAUUAUUAAUUAAGAAUUCUGUAACAACAACAAUACUACCUGAUACCACUACUAGUAAUACCACUGCUUCUACUGUUGCAACAAUACAUGAUACAUUUGUAGGUCAUGAAUUCAAUAUGUUUGAUAAACAAUCAGAAACAAUUCAAUUAGUCCCGAAACAAUCAAUUGAUGAAAAAGAGCAUUUCACAUCUCCAUCUACAUCUUUAUCAAAUGUUGAAACAAAAUCAUAUCUCUUAACAGAAGGUUUGAAAUUUAUCCGUAAAGAAGCAUUUGAAUGAGAACAACAACAACAAAUACUACUACUAAUGUCAUCAUCAUCACCACCACCACCACCGAUGUUCAUCAUUGUCUUCAUUUCAUUUUAUUGCAUUCAGUAGGUUUAUUCUCUCUGUUUUAACACAAUAUAUACAUUUGUUUUACCAUCUUUACGUAUCUAUAUUCUCGAUAAACGGUAGUUGCAUAAAUAACAUACUAUACCAAAGGUGCUUUAUUAUUACUAUUAUUAUUAUUAUUAUUAUUA